GGGCGCGCGCGGCGGAGAGGCGCAGCUUCCAUGGAGGGGGCGGCGGCGGAGGCGCGGGAGGGGGCCGCCGUGGCCCGGGACCUGCGGGCCUUGGGGUACGAGGGCUUCCCGGGGGCGGAGGCGCUGAGCCCCGCGUGCCCAGACUUCCGGGCGCUGUGCGCGCGGCUGGCGGCGGAGCUGGCGGCUCUGGGCGCCCUGGAGCGGGAGCCGGAGUGGGGCGCCGGGGCGCUGAGCGACGGCGACGGCCCCGGCGCGGAGGCGGCGUUUGUGCGACAGCUGGCCGGCCUGCUGCGGGAGCUGCACUGCCCGGUCCGCGCGCUCGGCAGCGGGGACUGCGGCGCGGCGCUGCGGGAGCCCGGCGCGGGCCUGCGCCUGCUGCGCUUUCUCUGCUCCGAGCUCCAGGCCGCCCGCCUCCUCCGCCUGCGGCCCAGGCUGGAUCCCGGCCCUGCGCCGCCCGGUGGGGAAGGGGCAGAGGAGGGAGCCGGCAUGGUCCAGGAACUGGUCCUUACUCUUCAAGCCCUGGGGCUGCCCAGACCCACGCCGGGGACCCCUGCCAGCCGUCUGCUGCGGGAGUUGCACGCCAAGAUCUCGGGGCUGCUGCCCUCCCUGCCGCCAGAGUCCCUGCAGCCCCUCCUCGGCUCCCCGCUGGAUGCGCCCAGAUGGGAGGCGUUGGCGUCCCUGUCCCAAAGCCUGCGAGCUCAGUACUGCUGCCGCCGCCGGCUCCUGCUCCGGCGUCUGGACCUCACUACCUCGGCUUUCCACUGGAGUGAGCGGGCAGAGGUCCAAGGAGAGGCCAUGAAGGCAGCUCUGAUCCCAAUUCGAGAGGCCCUGACCCCAGAAGUGGAUGUCUCCAUUGCACACGUCCUGGCUGCCCGAGCCGACCUGUCUCGUCUUGUCCCGGCCACCAGCAAGGCUGCCCGUCGGGGGACCUGCUGUGCCAUCAACAAGGUGCUUAUGGGCGAUGUGCCAGACCGAGGGGGCCGCCCUGACGAGCUGGAGGCCCCCAUGCCCAGCUGGCAGAGCAGGAGAGAGGACGGGGGCGGGCGGCAGGCCGGCCGCCAGCGCUGGGGCCGCAAGAAGAAGAAGAAGUAAACCGCGACUGGCGGUGGGAGUGGUCCCCGAGGAGAUGCUGACGCCCCUGCGCAUGCUCUCUGGGGAGCUGGCCUGAGGGCUUCUCUUGGUACCCGGCACCCAGGCCCCACCUCCCCUGUUCCUGGCGCCCAGAUGUCCUCCGCACACCCACCACUCAACACCAAAGACGUGUUCUCUGGAAAAUAAAUUUAAUUUCUGACAA